UUAUAUGUAAGCGACACAGCCGAGGUGGAUGCUGGGACAGAGAGGGCGGAAGUGAAGGUCAGUAGAGGAACGGCAACAACAUGUCUGUUGCUAGCUUGACGUCCUUGAGCCGCUCCGGGGUUUUGGUUCUGCGCCCCUCAGCCUGUCUGGUGGCAGCGCGCUAUGUGCAGACAGCAGCCGCUCCAGCAGCACAGCCCAGGAUUAAGAAGUUCCAGGUCUACAGAUGGGACCCAGACACUCCAGGAGACAAACCUCGCAUGCAGACCUUCGAGAUCGACCUAAACACGUGUGGUCCAAUGGUCCUGGAUGCCCUCAUCAAGAUCAAAAACGAGAUGGACCCUACGCUGACGUUCCGCCGCUCCUGCAGAGAAGGGAUUUGCGGAUCCUGCGCGAUGAACAUCAACGGUGGGAACACGUUGGCCUGCCUCAACAAGAUUGACACAAACACCAGCAAAGCCACCAAGAUCUACCCCCUCCCGCAUAUGUAUGUGGUCAAAGACCUCGUGCCGGACAUGAGCAACUUCUACGCCCAGUACAAGUCCAUCGAGCCCUACCUGAAGAAGAAGGACGAGUCCCAGGAGGGCAAGGAGCAGUACCUGCAGUCUGUGGACGACAGACAGAAACUGGAUGGCCUGUACGAGUGCAUCCUGUGCGCCUGCUGCAGCACCAGCUGCCCCAGCUACUGGUGGAACGGAGACAAAUACCUGGGACCCGCCGUGCUCAUGCAGGCGUACCGCUGGAUGAUCGACUCGCGGGACGACUUCACAGAGGAGCGUCUGUCCAAACUGCAGGACCCUUUCUCUCUGUACCGCUGCCACACCAUCAUGAACUGCACCAAGACCUGUCCCAAGGGUCUGAACCCCGGAAAAGCCAUCGCAGAGAUCAAGAAGAUGAUGGCCACCUACAAGGACAAGAAGGCAGCUGCUGUUUGAGCGACCAGUCGCCGUCUCGUCUUACAAACUAUAAUUAAAUUAUCUUUUCUUUCUAAAUGAUGCUUCUUCUGCUCUGAUGGACUUUUACACCAUAAAUACACACACCAUCAAAUACAGGUGUGUACGUGUAACACAUCAAGGACUUGGGCAUGUACAUACAUAACAUGUUUUAUUUUUUUGCCAUGGUACAUGUUUUGAUGUGUGUUCAAAACCAUUGUGUGUAUUUAUUUGCACUUGGUAUUUUUUUCUGUAAUGUUUUUAUCUCAGUCUUUAGUGCAGCUGACUCCUGUGCUUGCCUGCCUUACUGAGAAUAAAUCAUUAACUGUUAA